CGGUAGACCGAGCGUGACAUCACAGGCAGGAAACUACAGCGAGUAUGGUAUGACGCGCCUCCUUUUAUGAAACAUACACAUCGGAGGAUUGCUGUAAUUUAACAAUUUGAAACAUUACAAGUGGGAGUGCUGUACACAUCAUUACUGACAGCCACCGCGAAGAGGCCUGUCUGCACUAGAUGCAGAUCCAUCUGCUGUUAACCAGCGUCACCCAAGACUGAUGUACAUUCGUUGCUAUGACUCGUUAUGAACCACCAUCUAUAACUGGGGUCCAAUAACUGUCAAUUGAACCAUGAGCGGGGCAGCUUUAGGAAUCGAAAUUGUGGUUGUUUUUUUCUUGGCGUUGUUCCUGCUUCACCGAUAUGGGGAUUUUAAGAAGCAGCAUAAGAUGGUGCUCUUUGGCACGCUGUUAGCCUGGUACCUCUGCUUCCUCAUCGUCUUCAUUCUCCCUCUGGAUGUCAGCACGACUAUUUACAAGCAGUGCAAGAUUGAUAAUGAAGAACAUUCUACCAAUUCUGCAGUAACAGUUCAUUCCAAUCAGUCCACAAGAAAUGACAGCAUCACUCCAGCAGGGUUACGCAAAGAGUGCUACAAACCAUGGAGCUACAUUCCAGAUGGUAUCAUGCCCAUAUUCUGGCGUGUGGUCUACUGGACAUCCCAGUGCCUGACCUGGCUCUUGUUACCUUUCAUGCAGUCCUAUGCAAGAUCAGGAGGGUUUUCCAUCACAGGGAAAAUCAAAACUGCCCUGAUUGAGAAUGCAAUCUAUUAUGGGACAUAUCUGCUGAUUUUCGGAUCUCUGUUAAUCUAUGUUGCUGUACACCCAAAUUUGAUUGGGCACCUUGAUUGGUACCAGUUGCAAACCAUUGGGAUCACAGCAGCCAACACCUGGGGUCUGUUCCUCCUGGUGCUGCUGCUGGGCUAUGGGCUGGUGGAAAUCCCACGCUCCUACUGGAAUGCAUCGAGGCGAGGACACUUGCUGAUGAAAACUUACUUCAAGGCAGCUAAACUGAUGACAGAAAAAGCUGAUGCAGAGGAAAGCUUGGAGGAUGCAAUGGAGGAGGUUCGUAAAGUCAGUGAAUGCAUAAAGUACAACCACCCCCUGAGAAAAAACAUUGACACUAUUCUUAAAAAGUGCCCGACCGAGUACCAGGAGAAAAUGGGACGGAACAUGGAUGAUUAUGAAGAUUUUGAUGAGAAACAAAACGUGUAUCCAAGUGAGAAAAGUUUGGUUAAGCUGCAUAAACAGGUGAUUUACGCAGUGCAGAGGCAUAACCGUACCCGGGUCCAGUGGCAGAUUCUUCUGGAGACAGCCUUCCACUUGGAGGAUGUGGCGAAGAAUGAGACCAGCGGCACACACCAGUUUGUCAGGAGCUGCACUCCCCAGGAACCAGAGGGCUUUAUCUCCCGGUAUCUCUACACACCGACAGUAGAGUGGUACUGGGAGUGCCUCUUGCGGCAGUGGUGUUACCGGAUCCUGGCCGUGAUGCUCACGCUAUUUUCUGUUGCGGUGGUUUGGUCUGAGUGUACUUUCUUCAGCACCCAGCCUGUCCUCUCACUCUUCGCAGUCUUCAUUCAGCUGGCUGAGAAGACCUACAACUACCUGUAUAUCGAGAUGGCUUGUUUUCUCACCAUCUUCUUCCUGUGCACCUGCGUUUACUCCACUGUAUUCAGGAUCCGAGUCUUUAACUACUACUACCUGGCUUCACAUCACCAGACAGAUGCCUACAGCCUGCAGUUCAGUGGAAUGUUAUUCUGCCGUUUGACUCCUCCACUGUGUCUGAAUUUCCUGGGACUGAUCCACAUGGAUUCUGCCAUCUCCCACCAGAAUAGAGAGCAGACUGCCUACACCUCUAUCAUGGGUUCAAUGCGUGUGCUCUCCUUUAUUGCCGAUGGGUUUUACAUCUACUAUCCCAUGCUGAUCGUUCUUCUCUGUAUAGCCACAUACUUCAGUCUAGGAACUCGCUGUUUGAACUUACUGGGGUUCCAGCAAUUCGUGGGGGACAAUGACAUGACUUCAGACCUCAUAGAUGAGGGCAAGGAGCUUAUUCGGAGAGAGAAAAGAAAGCGGCAAAGAGUAGAAGAUGGAGAAAAUAGAAGAAGGGAAUGGAAGGAGCGCUAUGGAAAUCAGCGAGAGGACUAUACUCGCAACAGGAAUGUACAAUCGUCUGAAAUGAAAGAGACCAACUACUCCGACACCAACAACAGCAACAGGCAAGCAAUGAAGUACACACGGUCGAAUAACCGUCCUGAGAGGGACCGGAUUGAGCUGCUACAGGAGGCCGAGCCCAUGGAUUUUAAUGCUGAGACAUUCGCUGAUGACCCCCUUGAUGCUGAAGCUGGAAGGCAUCCAGCAGUGGGAAGAUAUUUGUCAAUGUCUCGAAGCCGGAUCUUUGACGACGUCUGAUUUGGUUAACUUCAGCUGAAGCCGAUCACAGUGAACACCCACUCAUGGGUUUCUUUACAAUUCUCUCUCUUCUGGGGUCUUCCAGGGGGCCGUGCAGAACUGCGGGCUGAAAGGAGGUGUUCAGGUUUCUGUGAAUGUGUUGUAUUAACAAUUUACCUCUGAUGUUCAAUUAAAAUAUUAUUAUUAUUAUUUCUUAGCGGACGCCCUUAUCCAGGGCGACUUACAAUUGUUACAAGAUAUCACAUUCUUUUUUUACAUACAAUUACAUUAUUUGAUUUUUUUUUUUUUUACAUUAUGUAUUUUGUAAUUAUGUAACUACAUUUUUUUUCUUCCGUGAAAUGUUACGUGUAUUCACAUGUAGCGCCCAUGCCCAGUUGAGGGAGGAAAAAAGAAUCUGACAGGCUGUGUGGUCCAGUGGUUAAAGAAAAGGGCUUGUAACCAGAAGGUCCCCGGUUCAAAUCCCGGCUCAGCCACUGACUCAUUGUGUGACCCUGAGCAAGUCACUUAACCUCCUUGUGCUCCGUCUUUCGGGUGAGACGUAAUUGUAAGUGACUCUGCAGCUAAUGCAUAGUUCACACACCCGAGUCUCUGUAAGUCGCCUUGGAUAAAGGCGUCUGCUAAAUAAACAAAUAAUAAUAAUAUUCUUGUAGUUUUGCAAGGGCAGUGACAGCCUGUGGAGGUUUUAACUGAUUCUUCAAUAUAAUACAAGUUCAAUACAAGACAGUUCAGUUCAGCCUUGUCUGCUGAUAGUACAGGGGUUCUACGAGGAGUGAGGCUGUAGUCUUAUCACAUCACACCCCAAUUGUACAAUCAUGCUUUUUGGUUUUUAUUUAAUUUAGGCGAUAAUUGGAAGUAGUAAAUUGACCCUUUAUUUAUUCACCUGCAGCUUUUUAAACAUAUAUAAUAUGGGAAGUAUUCAGAGGUUGUUUUAUAUAUGAAAUUGGAUUUAGUACAUGCAGAAUUUUCAUUCACUUUGCUGAGAAGCAAAAAAUGUUGAGACACAGAAGACCUAAAAAAAAAAAAAAACUAAAAGAAAGCAAAUGUGACACCCCCCUAAUGAAUAAAAACAAAAAGCAAACGGCAGCUAACCGAAAGAAAAAAGAAUCUGUUUCAUAUGGUUAAGAAGGAAUUAUUUUAUGCUGUCCAAUCUUUUUAGUUGUGUUUUGUAUAUUUGUAAUGACUCUAUGUGUGAAGGGGUAGGUUAUUCUCUAAUCAGUAGCUGCUACUCAGAUAAUUGCAUUUUCAAUAUUUAUGUACUGUGCUUUUACUACCAUUUAAGCAUUUUAGUUACCUGUCUAACAAAAUGGCUUUGGGCAGCACUUUAUUAUGUAUUAAGCAUGGUUGUGUGGCUUUUACUGGAAGCCACCUGGAUUCUCUAGAUAGCCUUAGAUCAGUUUGAUUUCACUAUUGUUACGUAACUUAUGAUGUUGUAAAUACUAUACCUUGUUUUGGAGGUUCAGAACUGUGUAACCAUCACUGUACUUGAAACACUGGAAAAGGUGCAGUAAUGGCAGAGUGAAGCAAACUCCAUUGCUCUUUUCUGAACCUUUUUUAUACACUAUGCUAUAACAUCAUAAACUGGCAGCCAGAAGAAAGAACAUUUAGAUUGAUACGAUCAUUUAGAAUCGUAAAUACAUGUGCUACAUUUAACUUGUGACUGAGCAAUUGCUUAUAUAAAUAUUUGCUUUUAUUGUGCUUUUCCAGGUUAAUGACUUCUGUAUCUCAAAGCAUACUUUUUAAGUAAGGACAAAGAGAUCACUGACUAAUUUAGAAAAAAGCAACUGCUCCACCAAAUACACGCGUCAUAAAAGGGAGGUUACAAAGUGUUUUGUUCUUGUGCGAUUUUAUUAGAUUAAAUGUAAAGUACAGUAAUUUAUUAGGCAUUUCUGUGGGGUUUUUUUGGAAGCUUAUUUUUUUAAAUUUUUAAAUUGAUUUAAUAAAUGUCAGAAGUUAAACCUGUAGGUUUGUUAUUUUAAAAGUUGCAUUGGCGUAUUCAAUAUUAUUUUAACAUGUUGGUACAUUCGUCAUAGUGAUUAAAUGAUUUAAUUGUCACUAUAUUUUUCAAAUGCAUUUUGAAAGUGAAUCAUAGGUACAGAUUAAGUCCAGUCAUUGCAGUGUGCCAAAGACGCUUCAUUUAUUAUUAUUAUUGUUUGGUUUAUGUACUUUAAUUUAGAAGUAACCGUCACAGCAGAUGAAUAUAAUAUUUAACUGAUCGAGCAUGGCAAACAUUGACAAAAAUAAAAUAAAAAGGGACAUAUUUUGAAGGUUACAUAAUCAGACUGUGCUAUUUAAAGGUGUUUUUUCAAGUGCAUCAAAUCAUUGUGACGCACCUAACGGAUUGUUAUCCUACUUUAUUUUUUAUCCUACAUUUUUGUGUAUUUCUUUUUGGUAUUUUAGUUUACAUAUUUAUUUUAUAUUGUUAUUUGUUCUUGGCGCUGCAGUGAAGUUCUGUUGAGGAAAGUGUUACUUGGUCCUCCUAGGCUUUUAAUAGAGUACUGCAGCCAAAAAAAAACAAACAAAACAGACAAGUUUCUAAGUUUGAAUGGCCAGUAGCUAAAUAUUUUUCUUUGAACAAGACAGACAGAGAGAAGCAUCUGAGACAGCCCCUGACUCCAUUACAGAAGUAGCCUUAUUAUGUUACAGUAGGUAAUGUAAGCACAUCUUGAGUGCCCCCUUCAAUGGUGCCUUUUUGUGUCUGCCCUGCAAGUGUGAAAGCUCCUUCAACCCAAGGCUACUCUGAGCAGUAGCCAUGGGAACAGUGAUCAGAUUGAAGCUGAAACCUGUUAAUCGGGAAUCUUGAUUUAAAUAGUAUUGGUAGCACUUGCAUGCUUUAUAUAUACAUGCUUUAAAUAUUACAUACAUGCACACACCAUAUGCACAUAACUAAACUAUAUUUAACAUUUUAGGGAAUGUUAUUUUAUGCUGAACAUCUUUGUAAAUGCCAGGCUCUUUGUUUGUGACUGCAACUGUUUGAUUGUCAAUAGAGUGGUCCAUUAACCCUUUAAGGGCCUAGCAUUUUAAACAGGAACACAGUUCCAGGGCCAGUUUCUUUUUUAGCAUGUUUUCUAUUGCUGCUGUUAGAAAUUACACAACAGCGCUGCUGCCUUUAGGGAUAAUUUGCUUUAUAUUGUCAGUACUUCAAUAAACUGUAUAUGUAAUGCUUUCAACCAGUUAGUCUUUUUGCUGUACAAAAUUAAACAUUUUGACUGGCCUUUGGACUGCUUUACCUAAAAUAACAUUAGGUAAAGUCAGUGAUAAUUGAAGUCAUUGUUAGUAGUUACUCUAAAUUUGCAUAACCAGAAUCUAAAAAAGGAAAUAAAAAAAGGAAAUAAAAUAAUAGAAAUUCCAUCCACACGUGCUUUAAUGUAUGAGCAGCCUCCAUGUAUCAUGUCAUCUGAUGGCAUAUGCUUUCAUAGUAUCCCUUUACUGUAUGUGACUUUGAGAUAAUGUCAUGUUUAUGUAAUUAUAUAAUUUAUUGAUGUAAUGGUUCAAAUUUCUGUAUAUCUGAAAUGAUAUUUAAUCCAAAGAAAUGUAGUGGUGUACUAAAUAAAGUGAAUUCUAUUUA